UUUAUAAAUGUAUAUGGGGUCAUUGUUUGGUGGUACAUGUGUACACAUCAAUUAAAUUUUUUGUGUACAUGUAAAUUAUGUAAAAGUAAGUUCCUUUACAAACUUUCCAACCCCACAUGAUUCACAUCGCCUGGUUCAUCUGCGGCUGAGACGGAGAUUGACUCGGCGCCAGAGUUACAUUGACGGUGGAGCUACAUCGGCGUCUUGGGUCCUCAAGAUCUGACACACCACUCUCUUCUCCAUCCUCACUCUCUCUUAUCCUCACCAGAGCGAUCGGAUCUGACACACCACUCUCCUCUCCAUCCUCACUCUCUCUUAUCCUCACCAGAGCGACCAGUGCAUCUUCUCGCUCUGUACCAGCUACACAUGAAACCACCGUAUACAUCUCAUCAUCUCCACUACAAAAAAGUUGUGUUCAUCGCAGAAUCACCAUCUUUGUAGAACAAGAUCUUCACAAAAUCGCCGUCGUAGUGGGACGAGCUUCAUCAUUUCCCUCGACAAAAUAUGUGACAAAUAUUACUCAACCAAAUAAUUGAAGGAAAAUAAAAUAAAAAAAAUCUAUGAUUAAAAUGCAGAUUUAUAAAAGUAAUUGUAUCAAUAAAAAGAUGAAGCACGAGAGAAGAAAGAGAAAGAAAAGAAGAGAGAAAGAAGUAGGUCCUACUAGUUAUUAUUUAGUUUGUCUUUCUCUUAGUUGGUCAAACAUUCUAACCAAUCUAACCAAAAUAUAAUGUCAUUUGAUUAAAAUAUCCAUUCUGGUUUCACUUUUUGUAGGGACAAAGGAGUCUUCAACCACCAAAAAGUACCUUGGUAGCACAAAGUGAUCUUGAGUGUUAUAAAAAGACGUAAAGUGACCUGCAAUGAUAAUAACUCAAUUUAAAAUUUAUAUUCAAUUUUUUUUUGACAAAAUAUCAAAUUAUAAAUUUAUUGUCAUGUGCCUAUCCUCAAUUAUCAGUUGUACUACACGAAAAUAUGGUCUCUCUUUCCCUGCAUUCAUACCAGUCACUAUGUCAUCAAUUCAUUGGAAUUAAAUUUUAUUUCUUUAUGGGCCAUAACUAUAGAGUAUUUGCACUAUAUAAACACGAACAUUAUCUAAAAAGCACAAAUAAAUAAAAAUAAUAGCGAAAAAGGUCGUUCUCUCUUUCCCGUGAACUCAGAAGCCGCCUCCUUCAACCUGAAACCCUAGCUCCGGCCUGCCCUUGCGGUGGUGCCGGAGGCGAAUCUCCCUCUCCUUUCUUUUUUUCCUUUUGCUCUUCUCCUCCUCAAUCAAUCUUAGCCGAUAUACUUGCUUCUCUGAACCAGUUCGAGCUUUAGCGGAGACGCGGUUUUGCUCGACGGUGACGAUUCCCAGCGUCCUUUUGAGAGGCGGUGAGGCUACCAUGAGACUGAGGAGAGAUGAGUCGGCGUUUAGGAUCAAAGAACUUGUCAGAUAUGGUUUUCACUUUUUUCAGAUCUUCAACGAGAGCUUCAUGACGACGGUGCGUGUACCGGUCUGACAACUUCUCUAGCUCGGAUCUACUUUCUAGCGUGGAGGUGAGACAGAAGGAGAAGAUUUUUACAGUGCGGUGGAUGAAGGAUUGUACCCUGGUCCUCAGGGACAUCACGCUCCAAGAUACAAGCUGAUGGAGUAGUCAACCGGAGGUCUGGUUUUGGUCGGGAAGCGUGGCGAAGCUCUACUUCCCUGCACCGGUGUUUGGUCUGAGGUCAUCCCGGUGGUAUGAGUUUUGCACCUUCUGAAGCUGUGAUACGAGGCACCGGUCAUGCUAACCGCGCGUCAAGGUCCGUCUUUCAGUCUGGAUGUAACUGUCCGGUUUUUGGCUAAGGAUCAAGGCAGUGGAAGAGUACGGGUAUGAACUGAGGCUGAAAUGCGCCUUUUAGGUGUUGAGGCGAUUGAUAUCGAACUGAACUCGGAUUAUUGGAAGAUCAAUUGCUUGUUCUCUAUAUUAUAAGUCAGUUUAAGUUUCAUUGUCCGUUUGCUUGACACUGUUUUCACAUCGUGUAGUCUAAUUUAGGGUUUAAGAGACGGUUCAUUCCGAGUAGUGGAUUGUUCUCGUAGUGGUGAAAAAUGGGGGUGAAAAUCUUGUAAGAUUGUAAUCUCGUUACCACGAAUUGGUGAAUGAAAGUUGAAGUUGAGAAAAAAAAAAAACACGAACAUUAUCUAGUAUUUAAGUAGAUACAGAUUUUAAAUGUUCCCCGCUAUUUUUUCGAGGUGCAAUGACCAUGAUAUCUCUAUUGCUUAAAUUAAAUUGAAAACACAUCUAAACAUCUAUUCUUCUCUUUUGCUUCCUCUCUCGUUUUUUAUUUUAUUUUAUUUUGAAUUCAUUUUGCAUCAUUCUCUCUCUUCUCUUCCAAACCCACUUGCAAUUCGAGAGAGAUGUAUUCAUAAUUUCAAAACCCAAGUUUAAUUCAAGUUGUUUGUACUUUCUCCACGUCUUUCUUUAUCUCUUUCUAAAUCACCACAAAAAGAACAUUCUGUCUGAUUUUUACAUAACAAAGAAAUUAAUGUAAUUUCCGUAGCUGUUCUCAUCUGUUGUUCGUCUGCCAAAGAUCCAGCUCCGGAAACUCCAAACAUGCGAGCAGCUAAAACCUUUGGAAGAUUAAGCCUCAUGGUGAAGAGUUGACAAUUGUCCAAAGAAAUCAUCAUCUUACGGAACAUGGACCGGUGAUAGAAGAAGACUAGAUUCAAAUCGUUGAUUUGGUAUAAUCAAUAAAUUAUUUUUUCCAAAGUUUAAUUGUUUUUACUGUAAAGUUAAGUCAUCGAUGAAUCUUUUGUUCCUCUUUCUUCUAUUUUUUUACAUGAUGAUUAGGAAGUUGAUGAAGAUUAGAACAAAGAGAGAGUGAUGAAAGAGAAACAUGGCUUUCUUCUUCUUACUUUUUUUUUCUUGUUUUUGGUGUUACUUAACUUUAUUGCUAAUGAAUAAUGUGGAUAAUGCUAAUUUGUAUUUGUGUGUUGGAUAUUAAAUUAACUUAGUCGGAUAAUGUAAAGUUUAGAUGUGUUAAAAAGUUCAUAUACGAUCAAAUUAGCCUGUAAACAAUGGAAAAAUGCGGAUCUUUGAUCUGUGUUUGGAUAUUAGUUGACUUGUAAACAAUAUUAUUGACGCGAUAAACAUAAUACCAAAAGUUACAUUUUAAUCUAAAUAUUUCAAUCGGCUAACAUAUCUAAUAAAAUAUAACAAUUUAUGUAUCCAAUAUAUUUAUUAUUUGUAACAAUUUAUCUUUUAUUUUAGUCAUUUAAAUUUAUUGUUAGCUAGCUAAAAUAUAUAUAAUACUGUAUAACAAUUAACUAUUCUGUCCUAUUUGAUAUAAAAAAUUCCAAAGGUUUUAAUAUGGUUAUAACUAUUUUUCAUGUAUUUUCAAAUUAACCAUUGAGAUUUAUUGUUAUACAGCUAACAUAUUGAAUAACAUAUCUAAUAAUUUAUAUUAAUUUAUCUUUUAGGUUAGUCUUUUAAAUUCAUUGUUAGACUAUUAAUAUAUAUAAUAUUGCUUAACAAUUAGUUAAUCCAUCACAUCUAAUGUAAAUACUAUAUCGAAUUAGUUCUAGUGUUUAAUUCAAUAACAUAGCAUAGUCAGGUGGAAGACAAACUAUUUAAAUCUAUCAUUUCACGUGUUUGCAUCCCUAAAGAAACUAGUUUAAUGAAUGGCGAAACAGUAAAUAACUCGUCUUCUUCUUUUAUUGUUGUGAAAAAAUCUUCGGCAACUUUCACCAUGGGUUUCAUCAUAGAUUUUUGUCUCUCUCCCCCCAUACAAUCUUCUGCAAUUUUUACCAUGGAAAUAAGUACGUUAACUUCUUGUAUGUAGUUUAUGUGAGUGUUUAUGGCGAGAGCUCGCUGAUUGGCUUCCUUUUAUGGACAAAUUCCGACAUGAACUUUCUGUCUCUCUCUCCCAUACAAUCUUUUUGCAUGCAACAAAGAUCUUUUGCUGCGAUUUCCUUUCCAUGCAGCCCCUUAUAUCAGAAUUAUUAAGUAUUUUCAUUUGCCAAUUUUUGCCUAGCCACCCUCACAUACCUUUGGGGGGGGGGGGAUCAUCUUUACGAAGUCUUUUUAUUUUUUUAACCUACGUUAUUAGGCCUACUCUAAAUGUUUCCUAAGAGCCCGAAGGACUGUUUUGUCAUUUCAAUUUGUUUGGUUGAAUAUUAAGUUCCACACAAUUUAUCUUAUGGAUAGUUACUUAAUUAGUAACUUCUUUUAUGAUUUUGGCCUAAUUCACUCCAUAACCAUAUCAUAAAUCUGAAAUGAAUUUCUCUAUCAUUUUUACGAAGUCUUUUUAUUUUUUUAACCUACGUUAUUAGACCUACUCUAAAUGUUUCCUAAGAGCCAGAAAGACUGUUUUGUCAUUUCAAUUUGUUUGGUUGAAUAUUAAGUUCCACACAAUUUGUCUUAUGGAUAGUUACUUAAUUAGUAACUUUUUUUAUGAUUUUGGCCUAAUUCACUCCAUAACCAUAUCAUAAAUCUGAAAUGAAUUUCUCUUUACUUGGCCAUGAUCAUAGGUUUCUGCUUUAAAUAGAAACUAACUGUUUGUUUGGGCCAUAACUAUAUCAUCCACGCUACGGUAUCAAGUAAUGACCUGUUUGUUUGGGUGAACAGUCUGUUAUAUAUCAUGUGCACAUGAAAUACAUGCGACACACGCUACAGAGUACAUACAGAGAGUCAAAAUCAGUACCGAUAUUUGUUUCAAGUCUGAAAUAAAGUAAGCUUAGAAUUCACAUCAACUCUGGAGUCGUGGAAUGUUAUCUCACUUAGACUCAUCGUUGAUUUGAAUAAGUCACUUUUGAUUUCGCUUAUUGUGAACUAACACCACUAGUUUGAUUAUGGUCGAUGGAAUGAUAGUUUAAUCCUUGUUUGUCACGAAGAAUAGCAAGUGUGGAUUCGAACUUCAAAGUAGACUAGUUAAAAGAUGGUCUAGAACCAGUGUUUUACUACACGUUGAUAUGAGGAUCACGUUUUACUACAAGUUGAUUAUGAUCAAAGCCUCACAGGGAUAGUAUGGCAGGGAUUCUUCUUAGGAGCCAUGAGGGUUGCAUUCUGUGCGUCGUCUCUAGCUUCUGGUGUUCUCAUCAGUGUUCUUCUUCGGGUGACGGAAGUCCAAUCUGUCCUUUGUUUCUGAGAGAAGUUUCAGGCGGAGAAAGGUAUCUCUCUCUUUCUCUCUAUAUGGGGAUUUGUUUCUUACUUCCUACGACGAGUAUAAAUCCGGCAAGCAAGUUCUCGAUAAACCUCAGCCUCCGGAGACAGAAUUGCCUCCUCUUCCAGUUAGUGUUUCUGUUGUUGCUGUUGUUUACUUUUCUAAUUAUGUGUGAUAGUGUUCAUCUUAUUAUUUCGGUAAGUGUAAAGGUAGACUUUGGCAUAUAAUUAGCAGCAGGCUCGGUCCUGGAAUUUGUAAAACAAUUUGGGCCGGAAGCUUUAAAAAAACUGGACCAAAAUAAUUAUAAGAAAAUAAAGAAAAGAGUGAAGUUGCGUACUUCGAACCCAUGAUCAGAAUUUUACACAGUACACACGUUUUUCUGGUUGAACUAAUGAGAACUUUGCAAAAAUUAAAAGCCGAUAUAUUAUUUAUUUUUAAGAAGGCCGGAAGCUGUGUUUCCUUCGUUUCUUUCUAGGGCCGGUACUGGCAAAAUCGUAUAAAUUUUUAUAAAGUGGCGUAUGUUGCAAGUAUUGUUCAGUGUGAUAUACUUAUAGAACCAUUAGACAUAAAUUAUCAUAAGGCAUAUAUAUUUAUCGGUUGUAUGCCCUGUUCGGAACUACGCUAGACGCUAGUCGGACGGUCACUAUGGGCCUAGCGAGUUACUGAAAAAUCGGAGCGUACGCGGGGCCUAAUUUUUAAUACAAUUUAAUAUAUUUAGAAUGUGUUCAGUUAACAAACAUAAAUAUAAAAGUUCAUAGACAUGUUUAUAUGACAUUUAUAGAUAACCAUAAUUUUCUAAGUAUACAUCUGAUUCAAAAUUACAGAAAAAAUGCAAUUCAUGGGAUAAACAAGUCUUGAUCUUGAGAACAUACCAAAAACAAAAGUAAAAAGAUUGCUAGUCUUUAUUCUACACGCUCCACAACCUAAACUAAGCUAAUGGAUCUUGCUGGUUUCUUUACGUAGUAGGUUUAAUGGGAAAUUUUUAACUUUGCUAAUGGACAAUUAUGAAGUUAUUGGGCUUAUCAUUAGCGAGUUGAAUUAGGCGGGCGCGUAACACAUUUAUGCGGAUAAUGCGGGAAUUGAUCGGACAACCACGUAGAGCCACCGAAUUGCACCUACACGCCACGACUUAGCUCCGGCUAACGACUAGGCGGCCGCCUACGCGGCUAGGCGCUCGCGUUUUAGAACAUGAGUUGUAUUUAAUAUUUUUCGUAAUACAAAAUCAAUGUUAAAAAGGUGUAAAUGUAAAAAUUUUUGAUAGAAAAAACAAUUAAUAUAUAAUAAGACUGUCCACGACAAUUUCAGUAUUCAAAAAUCUUUAGAAACAGACAUAUGAUAUCGGUGGUCUUCACUUCAUCCUUCUUGAAAUGUUGAAUGUUUUCAACACUAAAUAACUCAUAUCAUCAAAUUUCAUUGUACAACAAGUUCAUUAUGAUUCAACUACAAAUUUUUUAUUCAACAUUUUCAUUGUAAAUGGUCUAAGAAGUGAUGACAAAGAUAUAAUUCUAAGGUAGGGAAAGUCAUACAUAUCAUUAAAACAAAUUGAAUAAACGUUCAAAAAUCUCUACACAUCUAUAUACAAAGAUUAACUUUUCAGACUUUUAAUAUCAGUCAGCUUGUAUCUAAAUCAAAGGAUCUGCAUUAAUGUCAAAAAGCUAAGAAAUCAAAGAUAAAUCUUCCAAUUAUAGAACGAAUAUUCUCAUUUUAUUAAUGUUCUUCCACUAUAUUAGGAAAGAGAGACUUAUUUCAAGUUGUAAAAAUAUGUAGAUAAAAUCAUGAUAUUAAUUAGUAUGAAUAGUAACUGCUCCACGAGAUAAUUACAACGUUUUUUUCUUUGACUAACUAAUUACAACGUUUUUUAUUUGAUACAUAAUAUAACUGAUAACAAGAUUUGUGGAGAUAAAACAGGAAAAAUCAUCGCUAGGUCAAACAGAAAAAAAACAAAGAUCAUACAAAUCUAAGAAACAAAGAUCAUAACAUAAUCAUUUUGAGAGAAAAGACAGUAAGUAGCUUCUGUUUGUUUGUUUUAUAACUAACGUAACUCCUACAACACCAACCCUAAAGUUUCAUUGCUCACAAAAACCAAAAACCAUCUAUCUCGUUUUGAAAAUUCAAUCGAGGAGACAAGAAUGGCGAGGGCUCUUGUGAUCAUAAACUGCAUCAUUCUGGCCAUAGGAAACUGUGGAGGUCCUCUGAUCAUGCGUCUCUACUUCAACAAUGGUGGCCACAGGAUUUGGUUCUCCACUUUUCUUGAAACCGCUGGCUUUCCGAUCAUAUUCAUUCCUCUUUUCUUCUCUUACCUUAACCGGCGCAGAAGCAACAGCAAUGAAGGCGAGAAUACACGGUUCUUUCUCAUUAAACCACGUCUCCUUAUGGCUGCGAUUCUGAUAGGGAUCCUCUCAGGGUUUGAUAACUACUUAUACGCAUAUGGCAUAGCUUAUCUCCCGGUUUCAACAGCUGCUCUCAUCAUUGCUUCACAGUUAGCUUUCAUAGCUAUCUUCUCGUAUUUCAUGGUCAGCCAUAAGUUUACUCCAUUUACCAUCAAUGCUGUUGUGUUGUUGACUGUUGGAGCUGCUGUAUUGGGAAUGCAUACGGAAACUGAUAAGCCGGUUCACGAGACUCACAAGCAGUACAUGGUUGGGUUCUUGGUGACUGUAGCAGCCGCUGUUAUGUAUGCAUUUCUAUUGCCGUUAGUGGAACUUGCUUACCAGAAAGCUAAGCAACCCAUGAGCUAUACGCUUGUGCUUGAGGUUCAGAUGAUUUUGUGUUUCCUUGCUUCUUUAGUCAGCCUCAUUGGCAUGCUCAUCGCUGGUGAUUUCAAGGCCUUACCAAACGAAGCAAGAGAGUUCAAGCUUGGAGAGGCAAUGUUCUAUGUGGUGGCUGUACUUUCAGCCAUAAUAUGGCAAGGGUUCUUCUUAGGAGCCAUUGGUUUGAUCUUCUGCGCAUCUUCUCUUGUCUCUGGUAUAAUGAUAUCAGUACUUUUGCCCAUCACAGAGGUUUUAGCUGUUAUUUUCUACCAUGAGAAGUUCCAAAAAGAGAAGGGUCUUUCUCUUGCUCUGUCCCUUUGGGGUUUUGUCUCUUAUUUUUAUGGUGAGAUCAAAGCCGACAAGGAUAAAAGAAUACAAGAGGAGGCACAACUGAAUUCUUUGCCUAGAAGAACGAGAAGUACUGAGUGUUAAAACUUAAAACACAUGAGCUUAGAAGGACAUCAUAAAGGUUUUAUUACUUCAUUUCAUCCCUGUUAUACUGUUAUUAGAUUAGAGGAUAUUAAACAGCUUGGAACUAUAUGCCAAACACACAACUCUAAGAAGCUUUUUUUACCUUUUAUACUACUCAAAUGAAUUUGUGACAGAAAAGAUGCAAAGUUAGUCUUGUGUUGUCUUUUGCUGGUUGCUUUUAGCUUUCAUCUCUCUUGAUGGAGGUUUCAUCUCAUUAACUUGUUCAACAAUAAUGCCACAUCACCAUUGUGGAGAUAUCGCGUAAUUCGAGGACCAGUCCCACCUGUAAGUUCAACUAGUAGAGCUUCUGGUAAAGCCUGUUUUGUUCAUUUGUAUGAUUCUCCAUUAUCACCAGUAAGAAGAGAUAACACUCGGUUGAAACACAAUGCAAAGGAAAAAUCUUAAGACAACCACACCCAAAUAUUUUAGCUUUGUCAAACCGCAUAUCUUUCACUCAGACUGCCUUCCCCUAGAGAUUCUAGUUAUUUGAUUGAAACUUGAAUACAUCAAAAACAAGCCUGU